GCAGUAAGUUUGUGUUUUGUUAAGUGUUUGUCGCGGACUAACAAUAAAUCAAGAAAUUCCUGACGAAGAUUAGGGAUUGCACACGGUGAUUUAGAUGUCGAAAGACGUUUGCUUUUUAGUGCGUUUUGUGGGGAAGGAGGAAAAAUCCUAAAUCAGAAAAAUGGCCGAUUCGGACUGGAAAAGUCGCGUAGGAAUUGAGCUCAAUUACAGCUCCGGCGAUGAGGACGAUUGUGACGAUGCUGACAGCAGUAGCACUGUGGUGAUUCCAUCUGGAGACGAACCUGAUUUCAUUCUCGGUUUUGCCAGCAACUCGCAGGAGUUUGAGGAGGGCAUACGAAUUCCUUCAGUUGACGACGUACUCAGUCAGUACGCAGAUCAGUACGGUAGUACACCACCAAGAACAAGAAUAAAGAACAAAAGCAGAAGUUCGCGGCAAAGAAUGGAAGGAAACAUCAGAAUGCGCACCGGUCGUUUGGCACGGCCACGUGCUGAUCGUCGUAACACGGUUGAUUGUGCGCUAUUGAAUCAGAUGAUAAUGGAACCCGAUGGAGAGGAGAAAGUUCGCAGUGAUAAGCGUUCGACGCAGCUUCUGCGAGAAUCGGAGCGUGAGAUCAAAAUGGCCGCCGGAGGUAAUGCUAUUGUAACUAGGAACUCGGGAAAUUUUGGCCCGUCAGUAAGACCUAUUGAGGAACGAGCUGAAAGCAUGCCCAUAACACGCGCUGCUACACGUAAUGUUUCGCCUGGUGUGGUGCCGGCUCUCAUCGAGUCGUGCAAUAGAUUUAUGAGCGUCAAGUGCCGUCCCAUUGGCUGUAGAACCUCGGCUCCUCCGUCAGCGUUUGCCAAUUUUCGCGAUUGCCCUGCCAAUGCGAGAACGGAGAUACCUCAAAACAGGAUUGCUUUUCACGAAACUUUUUCCAAUUUGAUUAAAUUGGGAAGCAUUGACAAGGAUCGCACCAACCGAAAUGUGGUAUCGACAGAAGACCGGAUCUGGCAAACGCAGGCGAAUGACCUCAUAUGGUUAGAAUUACAAGCUUGGCAUGCAGAUCGGUCGGUCGAGCAACAGGACAAGAUUCUUUGUCAGGCUAGAAAUGAGAUAGAGACGCUACUCGAGGAAAUAAUGAAUUUUCGUUUCCAAAGGCACUUGGCCCGGAACGUUAGUGAGGUUAGCAUGGCGGACAGUGGUUUUGGUUCAGAGCCUACUGCCUCCACACUGAACGGCGAAACAGUUCGUGAGUUCUGCUUCGGUUGUCUAUCGAUGUACUGCAAGGAUUGUCUGGAGGUGCAAACGAUUGCAUUGAAGCAGGUAGAAGAUUUGUUGUUGCGACUAGAGUCUAAAGAAAGCCUUUUUCCCUCAUCCAAAGCGAUGGGAAUGGCUUUUGCGCUGUAUCAAAGCGAGGAGUUCGUUGGUCGUGUGAAAGCAAUGUGUUUGUGGUACAACAUGACCAAACAACACCGGUUGACUUUGCUAAUUUUGGGUAAAUUGUUAGCAAGGUUACAAGGAAACAAAAAGUCCUACCAUUGGCCGAUAAUGGAAACGGAUAGCUCUACGAGCUCUUCGGUGCAGGACGAAACCAUUGAGGCUGGUGAUAGUGGGCAAGGCGAAUCGACACCCAGUUCUACUGGAGGUUGUUCUGCUAGACGUGUUCAGUUUGUAGAUGAGGGAAGUGCCACCGAAAGUGCAAACAGUGACGAAUCCGGUCGUGAGUACUCUGACUUGGAAGAUUUUUCUAUUCGCCGACAGUAUACCUUUACUGGUGAUACUGAAAUGUGUCACUAUAUGAACACUUUGAAUUUGUACAGUGUUAAUUCAAUCGCAGAGGUAACCUCGUAUACGGACAACAAUUCCACCACUUUGUAUCGAAGAUAUAUAGAAAACGUACUCAAGUGUCGCGGUCUUGGAAAGUCUUUAACGUUUCUGCACCGGCUGCAUAAUGUUGUUCUACGCAAGGCGCAGUUGACAUUGGAAAAGCCGGACACGCAGGAUCAUGAAGAUGAUAGUUUAUUCAUCGAAGAAGAUGUUCCUUGUAUCGAGCCUCCAUUGGAUAAAGAACAGGAAAUUGAACUGCGUCGUUACGGUGCUUGGAGCGCGGAAGCUAAGGCACUGAAAUUGCCUUCAUACGUUCCGGCAUUCAUUUUCCUCUCGCUGAUACCUUUGGAGGUAAUCCAGGAAUUUUUAAAAAUGCGGCUGGAAACGAGGCAUGUGCAGCCGAAUCCUCUUAGCUUGGAGCAGCACAUCAAGGAACUGAAGGAAGGCCUUACGUUGGCUAUGAUUCACCGCGAUCGUUUCCAGAAACACAUCAACACUGCUCUUAUUGAUCGAGAAUCAGAACUGGAUAAAUACAUUGGUGUGUUGGAAACAUUCGAUGGGACGGUGAAGAAUAUAUUUGAACUGUACUUAGAGUAUGCGGAACAAUGGAUUCUAGUGGCGACACCGGAGGGUCACCAGAAAUCGGCACUGGAUGAAGAGUGGCGUUUUACUAAGCUGGUUUGUCCGAUGAUCCCCGGUCAGCACGCAAUCGCCGCUAAACGGUUCUGCAACAUAGUGGAAAAAUUGCUAGAAGAUACGGGCGCAAAAAUGAUCAAACGUCUACGUGAGCUAGAGGAUCAGAGCAAACGGCUUGAUAAUACUGUGAAAGAUCGUUCGGGUAAAAAGUGGCAAUUUCUGGCACUUUGUCGUGAAACGCAAGAUGUACUUACGUUCGCUCGGGAUAAAACAAUGAAAACUAUGCUGUUUGCUAAGGGUUUGUUCCGUGAUCUAGAGAACUGCGACUUUCAUCGUGACCACUGUGAUGACGGCGAGGAAGAACCGCAUAUGGACGAGGUGGUACUGAGAAACGUUGGCUUAGGGCGUAAGAAGAGCCCUGUAUGUCAGGAAGUGGUCGACAUUCUGCGGUUAGUGAAAAAGAAUGCUUUGUUGCUUAGAAACAAGUUGACGUUAAUAAUUGAGAACUUGCAGGAUGAAUGUAGUAUUCGAAAUAUGGCGGAUUUGGAGGAAAACGAUAGAAUCGCGGUUCUGUCGAGAACACGGGAGAUCUUACACCAGGGAUACAAAUUCGGAUUUGAGUAUCACAAAGAUUUGGCAAGGUUGUACGAAACGAAAGCGGAAAACUGUCGUGAUCCGGAGUGUGAGUUGAAAUUGUCUAAUGCGAUCGUACAAUUUGCUAAGCUUUGGAUGAAGUUUGUUAUGGAACGAUGUGAACGGGGCAGAGGGCUAAGACCCCGAUGGGCUAACCAGGGAUUAGAGUUUUUGAUUUCUGCCUGUGACCCCCAGUGUACGAGUCAUUUGAGCAAUUCUGAAUUUGAAGAUCUUAAAUGUAAAAUGGAUACGUGCAUUUCGCAUGUUAUUGGCAGCAUCAAAGAGGAGCGUUCCCGUCGUUCUCCGAGGUCGAGAAAAGGCUCGCCCGCUCCAUCUCCAACGCCGGGACGAGCCUCCAUUCCUUCGAUUACCCUCAGUAAGGCAUAUCAAAAUCAGUUAAGCUUGCGAGAGGAUGGAGUGAUGCUACGACCGCACCAUCUUCACGAGUCACCAGAUGUAUAUCGGAAGCAGACUUCGUACGAUAGUGUGCAAGAAAUAAAAAUUCGAGUCCCGACGGAAACAUUGCUGGGCACGAAGCCGCUGCGGCAGCUGCGUGUGCGUGACGCCAUCAAUAGACUUGAUAAUGAAAUGCAUGAAAAAUUACGUGACAAAAACCUGAUCGGUAGUGUAAAGGAGAUAAGCAACUGUGAUAAGGUACUGAACAGAGCGCGCAGCGUAAACUUCAGUUGGCAUCGCGGUAUAAAGAUAGGCCAAGGACGUUUCGGUAAGGUGUACACUGCGGUGAACAAUUCGACCGGCGAGUUGAUGGCGAUGAAGGAGAUUGCUAUUCAACCGGGAGAAACCAGUGCGAUAAGAAAGGUUGCAGAGGAGUUGAAGAUAUUCGAAGGCAUCAACCACAGGAACCUGGUCAAGUACUAUGGAGUGGAAAUUCAUAGGGAAGAAUUGCUAAUUUUUAUGGAGCUGUGCCCGGAAGGAACAUUGGAAAGUUUGGUCGAGCUUAACGGCGGCCUUCCCGAGGCGCACGCUCGGCGUUAUACUAUCCAGUUGCUCUCCGGUGUUAAAGAAUUACAUCGCCACGGAGUAGUUCACCGGGAUCUAAAGACGGCCAACAUAUUCUUGACCAGAGAUGGCAAUUGUUUGAAAUUAGGUGAUUUCGGGUCCGCUGUAAAGAUUCAGGCGCACACCACAAUGCCAGGCGAACUGAAAGGAUAUGUUGGCACUCAAGCUUACAUGGCACCGGAAGUAUUCACUAAAACGAAUAGUGUAGGACAUGGUCGGGCAGCUGACAUUUGGUCUGUGGGCUGUGUCGUUAUUGAAAUGUGCAGUGGAAAGCGCCCUUGGCAUCAGUUUGAUUCCAACUUCCAAAUCAUGUUCAAGGUUGGAAUGGGAGAAAGUCCAGCAAUUCCGGAAUGCUUAUCUGAAGAGGGACAACAAUUUGCAAGUAACUGUUUGCAGCAUGAUCCGAAACAGCGUCAAACGGCAGCGGAACUACUGCAACAUAACUUUUGCAAGGUCAGUGACGAUAGUUUAGAUGAAUUGGAUAUGGAAACGCGACGGUCUUUUCGACGCAAUCUCAACUCGACGUCGUCUGUAAAGUCGUAAAAAACAAUGAUACGUAAAGGUAUCGGCUACUUCAACCCCGGAAACGAGACAUAACCUUUUCCCUUUUCACGAUUACGAGUAUCAUAAAGACUGUUCAGUAUUGAAGUUUUGAAGCGAACAAAGAUAAAAGGACAUUACUACUUAAUCUCAAGGUAAACCAAGUUUUAUACACAUUCCACGGAGUUCCGAAUAAAAAAGAAACCAUUAAUAUAGUCAUUGAAUUAUAUCCGGAGGAUAUUUAGCGAACAUAUUUUUUUCAUUAGUACCUUUGAACACCAAUGUUUGCAUAGGUAAAAAAAUUGUAAAGAAAAGCACGGAAGCAGUGUGGACAACAACGUUAUU